AAAGAUUCGAUGGGCCACUCGGGUUAAAGGUUGAUUCCAGUUUGGCUACGAACAUUCUAAGUUGGCCUUGGGUUGGGUGCGACGCAAUUCAGCGACAGCGAGCAAGCGAGCAGCGAUCGAGCGAGUCUGCUGGAGGCAAAGAGGGAGGAUGUCUCUGGUUGAUUAUGCUUCUUCCUCAGAAGACGAGGCCGAAGUCAAAGAAGAGUUGACAGAUCGACAGGACAGCCUUCUGCCUUCAGCUCCUGGUUCUCAUAACCCGGGCUUGAUAUCUUCAUCAUUUCAGAAGCUAGAUGGUGCCUCAAAUUUACCUGCACCUCCAAUUGAGAAGCUUCCAGAUGCUUCACUCCUUCUCAAUUCACCUAUUUUCUCAUCUCAUCAAAUAAGUGGCAGUGACCACACAUCUAGGGUUGCAGCUGCAAUGGCGGAAAGUGCAUCAAGAAAGAGAGAAUCAAAUGGACCUGCUUCCUCAUAUCCCCGGAGUAAAAUUCCUAGAGGGAACCUGCGUUACUCAAAAAGUGUGCCAGACACUGUAGGUGGGCUUCUAGUCCCACCACAACUUCAUGGAAGGAGCAACACUGUAACAGAAGACAUUGGCAAGCUGUUUGUAAAAAGACAUCCCGAGUCCACCUCUCUCUAGUUCUCUAGAAUCAAGAUUCACUGGCAUUUGCUGAGAUGUGAUAUUUACUGUUAUCAUCUGGAACUAACACCCAACAAGCAUCUUGUUCAGAAAAAAAGUCUUGAAUUUGUAAAAUAUGUUCGUUUAUAUUUUUUUCUCAGUUAACAACUUUUCAGUUGUUUUGGGAUCUUUGGCGACAAAAUAGAAAAUGAAAUCAGCCCAUUUUUCUGUUCAUAACA